AUGAGUCUCUUCCGUUCGGCAGCCUGCAGAGCCUGCAGAAGCUCAACGAUUCGACUCCGCCGAGGUUUUGCGACAGCUAGCACCCAACAGCCGAGCCAGUCAGCCCACGACAACCAUGUGCGGAUUGUCGAGGUCGGGCCUCGCGACGGACUCCAAAACGAAAAAGUCUCCAUCCCGCUCCAUACCAAGAUAGAACUUAUCGAGCGGCUGGCAAAAACCGGUGUUUCGACAAUUGAAGCCGGGUCCUUUGUCUCGCCAAAAUGGGUUCCCCAGAUGGCGAACUCGAGCGAGAUCCUGGAACACAUCCUCCAGCAGAAGAUUGCAUCCCCCGUCCCCGUGUCGUACUCCUUCCUGGCGCCGAACAUCAAGGGUCUCGAGAACGCAGCCGGUCUGCUGAGGCAGAAUCCCGGGGCGUUUGCGACGCAGCUCAGCCCUGCGGCCGAGGGCGCCAAGGUCUCGACGCCGGAGAUUGAGGUGGCCGUCUUCGCGGCGGCGACGGAGAGCUUCUCCCAGCGGAACCUGAACUGUGACAUACAGACCUCCCUCGAGCGGUUCAAGGCGGUGAUCCAGGACUCCAAGGCCAUCGGUCUACGCGUGCGAGCCUACAUCUCCGUGGUGCUGGGGUGCCCCUUUGAAGGGUUCGACGUCGACCCCCACAGGGUUGCUGAGAUUGCUGCGGACCUGCUCGAGUCCGGCGCGGACGAGAUCUCGCUGGGCGACACGACGGGCAUGGGCACGGCGCCGCGGACGAGCAACCUGCUCAAGUGCCUGACGGCCGCGGGGAUCCGGACCGAGGACACGGCCAUGCAUUUCCACGACACGUAUGGGCAGGCGCUCGUCAACACGGCCGUGUCGCUGGAGCACGGGAUCCGGACGUUUGACAGCAGCGUGGGUGGGCUUGGUGGUUGCCCGUACAGUCCCGGGGCGACGGGCAACGUUGCCACGGAGAACAUGGUGUACUUCCUGGAGACUCUGGGGAUGAGCACGGGCGUGGACUUGGAUGCGAUGGCGGAUAUUGGCUCUUGGAUCUCUGGACAGCUGGGUAGACAAAACGAUAGCAGUGUGGGCAAGGCUGUGCUCGGACAGCUAGCCACCAUGUCAGACCCCCGUGAGCCGUCGUCAUACUCGGUCGUGCCGAGGCUUCGGUACAACACCGUUGGCGGUAUCAACGGCCCUCUGGUUAUUCUUGAGAAUGUCAAAAACCCCAAGUACAACGAGAUUGUGACUCUUACUCUGGGCGAUGGCACACAACGAUCCGGUCAGGUUCUGGAGGCCCGAGGUCUUCGAAGGAACCUCUGGUAUCGACGUGAAGAAGGUAUAGUGGUGGUGCUUCCGCGAUUGCUGGGUUGUCUGCUAAUGUGUAUCCCCCACCAGACCAAUGUCGAGUUCACAGGCCAGAGCUUGAAGCUCGGUGUCUCAGAGGACAUGCUUGGCCGAGUCUUCGAUGGAUCCGGUCGAGCCAUGGACAAGGGCCCCAAGGUCUUGGCUGAGGAUUAUAUUGAUAUCAACGGUAGCCCUAUUAACCCAUUCUCCCGAGAAUACCCCGAGGAGAUGAUUUCGACUGGUAUCUCCGCCAUUGACACCAUGAACUCAAUUGCCCGUGGCCAGAAGAUUCCUAUUUUCUCCUCAGCUGGUCUGCCUCACAACGAAAUUGCCGCCCAGAUUUGUCGACAGGCAGGUCUUGUCCAGAAGCAGGGUGUCACCAACAAGGGUGUUCAUGAUGGCCACGAGGACAACUUCUCCAUCGUCUUCGGUGCCAUGGGUGUCAACUUGGAAACCGCCCGUUUCUUCACCAACGAUUUCAAGCAGAAUGGCAGUCUGGAGCGUACCACACUGUUUGUCAACAUUGCUAGCGAUCCUACCAUCGAACGUAUCAUCACACCUCGUCUUGCCCUGACGACGGCUGAAUACUACGCCUACCAGCUCGAGAAGCACGUCCUGGUCAUUCUUACCGACUUGUCUUCUUACUGCGAUGCCCUCCGUGAAGUCUCGGCGGCCCGUGAAGAAGUCCCAGGUCGACGUGGUUACCCCGGUUACAUGUACACUGAUUUGUCGACCAUCUACGAACGUGCUGGACGUGUGACUGGCCGCAAUGGCUCCAUCACCCAGAUCCCCAUUCUGACCAUGCCCAACGAGGAUAUCACUCACCCUAUUCCCGAUCUUACUGGUUAUAUUACUGAGGGACAGAUCUUCGUCGACCGUCCCAUGUACAACCGCGGUAUCUACCCUCCCAUCAACGUGCUUCCAUCGCUGUCGCGUUUGAUGAAGUCUGCCAUUGGUGAGGGUAUGACCCGUCGUGACCACGGUGAUGUUUCCAACCAGCUGUACGCCAAGUACGCCAUCGGUCGUGAUGCCGCUGCCAUGAAGGCUGUGGUGGGUGAGGAAGCUCUGUCGAACGAAGACAAGCUCUCUCUCGAAUUCUUGGACAAGUUCGAGCGUCAAUUCAUCAGCCAGGGUGCCUAUGAGUCUCGCAGCAUUUUCGAGUCCCUUGAUUUGGCAUGGAGCCUCCUCCGUAUCUACCCCAAGGAGCUUCUCAACCGUAUCCCCGCCAAGGUCCUCAACGAGUACUACCAGCGUGCCCAGAAGGAGGCCAAGUCAAAGGGAAAGCAGAAGGCUGCCGCUGACGCUACAAGCCAGCAGCAGGCCGAGGGAAACCUGGUUGAAGUGUAA